AUGACAAUAACAUACCUAUGCUUAAUUUAUUGUAGAACAAAAUAUUUGUGGAAGCAUGAUUCAUUCCUUUCCACUAAGCUACAUGUUGAAAAUUGUGUACACAAUUUCGAACGCAAUUAUGAUGAUAUGAUUAAUGGUAUAAAAAACAAGUUAAAAUUUAAGUAUGGUUUGUGUAAUGUGUUCUUGAAAGUGGUGCCCUUAUCCUUUUGUGAAAAUGUGAACAAGAGCAACGAUCGCAAUAGUGUCAAAAGUGGUGUUGCGAGUGAUAUCAGAAGUGAUGACCGCUGCAUCAACCCGAGGGAUAACUUUACAGAAUCUAGUUCCUAUCUAAAUAAAAAUAUAGAACACGAGGAAAAAUGCUGCUCAAAAUUAGGAACGCAGCUAAUUUUUCAUUACGUUAAAACAUAUGUGAAAUAUGUUGUAAAUUCUUUACUUUACUUUUUUUUUUUUUUAUACGAGACAUUUUAUCGCACCUUUUGUAUAUUAUCUAAGGAAUAUUUAGAAUUUUCCAAAGAGGCAUAUGAAUACUCUGCUUUUAUUUCAGACAAUCUACUAAACAGCUUUGUGACAAUUUAUAAAAUUUAUAAACAAAUUAAUUCUUUAGAUUUUCCUUUUACGCUAGAUGAACUCUCAUUCUUGGGUUCAGGAUUCAUUUUCGACAAAAGGGGAUACGUGUUAACCGCUGCACACAACAUAACGAAUACAGAUGGCACCUUUGUUAUCAAAAAUGAAGACAAUUUUUAUGUAGCAUCCGUAUUGGGUUUGCACAGGGAAUCGGACGUGUGCGUUAUGAAAAUAAACUCUGAGGAACAGUUUUCUUACAUACCUCUAGAUUCCAUGAAAGAACGUCUGAAGCUAGGAGAUACAGUAAUUACAUAUGGACAAAUACAGAAUUUCGAUAAAGGGACAUACAGUGUGGGUAUUGUGAAUCAACCUAGACAAACAUUUUCCAAAUUUAAAAAUUUUAAUGAACAGGAGAAAACCUGUCUGUAUCCCUUCAUUCAAAUAAGUAAUCCGAUUAAUAAAGGCAUGUCUGGUUCACCAUUAAUUGAUAAGGAUGGAAAUCUAGUAGGAAUGAUACAAAAGAAAAUAGAUAAUUAUGGAUUGGCCUUACCUGUGAACAUUCUAAAAAAUGUAGCAACCCAUUUGCAACACGAAGGAACAUACAAGGAGCCAUUCUUGGGGAUAGUGUUAAAAGAAAAUGAACAAGGUAUCACACCUGUUUACAAAAAUUCUGAAAACGGACAAAAAAUACAGAAUGUUUUGGCUAACUCACCAGCGGAUGUUGCAGGCAUAACUAGAGGAGAUAUUAUUUUAGGGAUUAACAAUAAGGAGAUAAAGAAUAUUUGCGAGGUACAUGAAAUUCUGAACAGCAUAUCGGAUUAUAUUAAAAAAAAAGAAGACCUAGAAUACAAACCUUUUAAAAAUAUUAGUUUUAACAAGCUAAAAACAAACUUGAAAAAUUUUCUAGUGAUAAAUAAAAAAUUUAACAUAUCCGAUGUUAAGAACGUUUCGUUUUUAGGAAAAUUCCACAUUUUUGAAAAAAUUGAGAAUUAUGGGGUUAACGAAAUAUGCAUAGUGGGACGAAGCAAUGUAGGAAAAUCAACAUUUCUAAGAAAUUUUAUUAAAUAUCUUAUAAAUGUCAAGGAACACAUAAAUAUCAAAGUUUCAAAGAACAGUGGUUGCACAAGGUCAAUCAAUUUAUAUUCAUUUGAAAAUGCAAAAAAAAAAAAGUUAUUCAUUUUAACAGACAUGCCUGGUUUUGGUUAUGCAGUAGGAAUAGGCAAAAAAAAAAUGGAAUUUUUAAAAAAAAAUAUAGAGGACUAUAUAUUUUUGAGAAAUCAAUUAUGCUUAUUUUUUAUUCUAAUUGAUAUGAGCGUUGAUAUACAGAAAAUUGACAUAUCCAUAGUAAAUGCCAUAAAAAAAACAAAUAUACCUUUUAGAAUCAUUUGCACAAAGAGUGACAAGUUUAGUUCUAAUGUUGAAGAUAGACUUCAAGCUAUAAAAAAUUUUUAUGAGCUUGAGACAAUUCCUAUACACAUUUCGAAAUUUUCGAAUCACAAUUAG